UGGACUGAGGUUGGAGAAGAAGAAAAGACAAGAAGAGACAAGACCAGAAAUGCUAUGUGGUAUGUGCACUAAAACAGUGAACUAUGACAACAAGAACACAUACUGUAAAGUACCUCAAAAAAGACAAGUUUAAACAGCAGCUGUAGCACAUUGACAUCAACUGACUGCAUGCUUUUAGUGCAUAUGCGAAUGCAAAUAUAGGAACUAGAUGAGAAAAGGUAAGUGGAGGAAACCUUAUAUAUUUACAAUGUUCUUGUAUUUUUACUUUGUUUCACAAAGUUUAUACCAAAACAAUUCAUUAACGUUAACAAGGUUAGUAAAAAGCUUUAAAUAAACAGUGCAGCCUUCUUAAAUUAGAAAUUAUUGUUACUCUUAAAAGUCUGCUGUUUUCAGUAAACACUGCAGGUUUAUUGACAUUUCUCAUUUUGUUUCAGCAUUUCAAAGUAUAAGGUGGUUGUCUUAAAUUUUUAUCUUUAUGGCACAAAUACCUGUAUUAUUUACUGCGAUGUUUGUCUUGAUGAGCUCAAAUUACUAUUGAUGAGGAUUAAUCCUUAGCACUGUUGACUUAAUGUUUGAAGACCUGGCAACCUGUGCACGUAGAACCCAGUCUUUGAGGAAGUGAAGCAAAGGGUUUAAUGUUUCACUGUCAUAUUCAAGGCGUUACAUAACAUCAGGAUAAACUGUAGAAGAGACUGAAAGGUGUGUCAAAGGCAUGCUAACAUCUACACAACCAAUAUUAAAGGGGAAAAGUCUACAGUUUCAUUUACAGUUUCAGUUCACAUUUCACAUUUAAAUUAACCAAUAGUUAUGACUGAAAAGUAAGAAGACAAAAGAAAACAUGUCAGCUCACAGCACGGGGCAAAUCACAGUGGUGCAGCAAAGUUACCUAUCAUCUAGCUCCGACAAAACGCUCUCUAACAUAAGAAUUGUAAUACUUGGGAGUCGACAACUUGGGGGAAUAGAAGGAAGUGGAAAAAGUUCCGCUGGAAACAUCAUUUUGGGGAGAAAUGCUUUUGAUGUUGGUAGAAGAACUGCACAGUGUGUUCAAGCUGCAGGAGACGUACAGGGAAGACAUCUGACUGUUGUUGACACACCAAGCUGGCACUAUAACAGUCCUCUUGAAAAGACAUCAGAGCUGGACAAACUAGAGAUCGAAUACAGAGUAUGUCUAUGUCUACCUGGUCCACAUGUUAUUCUAUUAACUGUUCCCGUUGACACAAUAUUUAACAAGUCUUAUCAAACCUCUGUGGAAGAACAUUUGAGUCUUCUUGGGAAGAAGGUCUGGAAUCACACAAUCGUGCUGUUUACCCGAGGAGACUGGCUUGGAGAUACACGCAUUGAUGAACGUAUUGAAAAGGAGGGAAAACAUUUGCAGUGGCUUAUUAAAAAGUGUGGGAACAGAUAUCAUGUCUUUAACUGUAAGCAGCACACUGACAACACACAAGUCCUGGAAAUGCUUGCAAAAAUAGAGGAAAUGGUGAUGGAAAACAAUGGUUGUCAUUAUGUACCAGAAACAGACAAUAAUCCAUCCACAGAGCUUGAGCUAAAGAUGAAAACAGCCAAAAGAAAAAUGAUGAAAGUGAAACGACAAAGAGAUAUUCUUCAAGAACUGCUAAAGGAAAGGAACUACACUCUCUCAGAUGUGAGGAUUGUGCUUCUUGGAGGAGGAAGAGUCGGAAAGAGCACGUCAGGAAACAUUAUUCUGCAAGGGCAUAUUUUUGAGAAGACGCCUGAAGAGGAUUUUAUUAUCCACACAAGAACAAUCCAAUGUGUGAUGAAACAAGGGCAAAUUGAAGGAUGUCAGGUCUCAGUGGUUGACACACCAGGAUGGUCCACAUCAACUCUAGAAAAUGAAAACGAAAUCUUACAUAGUCUGACGGUUUGUUCUCCAGGUCCUCAUGCAUUUCUGCUAGUGUUACCUGUGCAUGAAUCCUUUACAAAAAGAUCACGACAAACAGUGAAGGACCUCAUGAGCCUAUUUGGUGACAAUGUUUGGAAGCAUACUAUAAUAUUAUUUACUUAUGGACACUGGUUGAGGGACAGACCGGUUGAGGAGUACAUUGCAUGUGAAGAAGAAGCUCUACAAGACUUGAUAGAAAGAAAGUGUGGCAACAGAUAUCAUGUGCUAAAUAAUGACUGGACAAAUAGACUUCAAGUACAAAGUCUGCUGAAGAUGAUAGAACAGAUGGUGGCUAGAAACAGAGGUGAAUACUUCACUUUAGAAAACAAAGCAAGCAAGCCAACAACAACAGAGGAUCAGAUGUUUAAUGAGACCCUGGAAGAGGAGUGGAAAAAACACGAAGAUGAACUCAUAGAGAGGAUGCUGGAGGCAGCAACAGUGGAUCUCAACAAAGAAUCCGAGCAGUUAUAUCAUAAACGAAGAGGAAGCAUUGAAUGCUCAAUCCCAAAUAUGAGUGGAGAUUCACUGUUAGAUGGAACCAGUUCAUAUGGAGCUGAUACCCUGGAUCCUACUGACAAAGUAUGUCAAUGGCUCAGACCAAGACAUGCAGCAUCAUCUGGACACGGCACCAUGAGCACUACAUCAAGUUUUCAAGAUCCGAACAGGGAAUGUCUGAAAGAUGAUAUUCCAAUUCACAAACACAAUCCCAAUGACAUGGACAGUCUGAAAUAUUUCAAUAACACGACCGAGCAAAAGCAUACAAGAUCAUUUUCAUUUUAGACAUUUCCUGUUUAUUGCAUGGUUAACUAUGGACCAUUUUAUGUACCAGGGGUUGAUGAAGACAUAAAUUGUAAUAUUUGUGUUUAAAGUCAAAUUUAAAUUGUCUUUAAUGGGGUGCCCAAACUCGCAACAUCUGCAAACAUCUUGUUAAAAGCCUUGAUAGCUUUUCUUCAAUGAUAAAGUGUCACGGUCCUACCUUCUUGUUUAUGAAUUCCUAGUCAUGUGGCAGGAUCGGGACAGAGCCCUUAGGUUUUAUGUGGAGAGAAUCAUAUUAUUGUCUAUCUUAACAAAAUAUGCGUUCUCUCCGGUGUCUUGUCAUUGGCCCCGCCCCUCUCGUUUCAUGUAUUGCCUCCCUGCCGUGUCUUAUGUUCCACACCUGCCCUCGCUCGUUAUCCUUCAUUUGUCUUACCUAUAAAUGCCCUCAUGUUUCUUUGUCUUGUGCUCGUGUAUUGUGUAUGUUCAUGUUCAUGUUCAUGUUCAUGUUCAUGUUCAUGUUCAUGUUCAUGUUCAUGUUCAUGUUCAUGUUCAUGUUCGCAUGUUCGAAUGUUCGCAUGUUGUUGCCCAAAAGCCUGUUUCUUGCCCUGUCCCUGAACUGUGAGUUUUGUGUUUUUUGCCUUAGUUACCCUGCUGUGUGUUUAGACAUUUGGUCAUGUUUUUAGUUUAGUUUUGCUAUUCUUGUUUUACGUUUUGCCCCCAUGUGGGAAGUCUUUUGUUUGUAUUCAAUUAGUUUUGUCAUCCCCAUCGUGGGUGUUUUGUUUGUGCAGUGUUUUGUGUAAAUAUAGUAUUAUUUUGUUAACCCCUUCAUCCCCGCUGCCUGCGCUUGGGUUCUUCCACGCCACCUUACCUGCCGUGACAAAGUUAGUUAUUUUGUAACCAAGGGUAUCACUGUGUAACUGAGGAGCAUGCUUGAGAUGAAAUUAGAUAUAUAUUGUCAUAUGUUAACAAAAUACAAAAUUACUCAAGCUUGUUGUGUAAUGUUGAGGCUAAUGUAAGAUUCACCUACUCUUAUUUUUAAAUAGUUAAAUUACUGUUCAUUGCAAUAAAAGUAAUUGU